UCUCAAUUUAAAAAUAGGAAGGCAAUUAUAGAAGGCCUCCUUCUACGAAGGUUCCCUCCCAUAUCGCUUCGUGCCUUAUCCGCGUUAGAGAGAAGCAGAAUAAUAACCCCUCUAUAUAUCUCUUCACAAGCAGCGUCGCCGCCGCCGCCUCUUCCGAUCUUUCUCUAUUCGCCGCCGCCUCCUUUCUUCGGUAAGACGCUUUCGAUCGCAAUCGCGCACAGGAUUUACUUUUUCAGCUUUAGUUCCCGAGGGUUUCUGUUUGAAUCCACCGCUUCUGUUAUUCCAAUCAAUUCAUUUAACUUGAGGUUUGACAAAAAAUAAACAAUCAUAUAGCUCGAUUUGUCGUUGCUACUGUCUUCUUCGUCCUAAAAUUUGGUUUUGUUUUCAAGAUCCCCCUUUUUGUUCGAUUUGCUGGGUCCAUUUAGGGUUUGGUCUGGGCGAGGAUUUUUCAGAUAUUUUGGCGCUAGGGUUUUUUGUUUUGAGGUAGAGUUUAGGGUUUUGUUCACACAAGCGUGCGUCCAUAUGGCUGCUGGAAGACACGGUGGUUACAGAGACAACGAGUUCAGGAACAGCGAGUCAGACUUGGAUGUGCCCAGAAGGGAAUUAGGGUAUUCCAAGAGGGAUUAUGACCGUGUCAAUCGGGAUCAUGACAGAGUUAAUGUUCGUGACAGGAAUGUUCGAGAUGGGGGAAGAGUCAGAGAGAAGGAUAUAUUUGAAAGAGAAUUGACGAAUGGGGAUUGUCGUUCUGUGUCCAGCAGGAGUGACUCAGGUAGCAGUGAAGGUGGAAGUGGUGGUAAUGCUCGUGGGCGAAGACCUGGAUUUACAGUGAGGGAUGUUGACCGGGAGCCUGGGGAGUUGUCUAGUGAAAGUAGCUCCGAUGGAACUAUGGACAUAGAUAAAGAGGUUGAAGGUGGGGAGGCUAAAAAGUUGGCCAAUGGAAACAGGUCACCUAUGCUGAGUAAGAAAAGGAAAUUCUCUCCAAUCAUUUGGGAUAGAGAUGAUAAGGAGGUGCCUAAAGCUGUAAAUGCAGUUAGUACACAGCCUGCUUCUGACCUUCCUCCUCAGUAUCCAAUGCUGAAGUCAAUUAACACACCCAAGCGUUGUUCUCCUAUGACAGAUAGCAAACUUCAGUAUUCACCUAUUGCUCCUGCUCAACCAAACAGCACUCCUGAAACUCAACCAAACGGUACUCCUGAAACUCACGCUGCAAGUGUCAUUCAAUCCUCUGUUAAUGUAGCUUUUCCCUCCAAUGAUGGUCAAGAAUUUCAGGAUGAUGAGUAUGUACCCACGCGAACCAUACGGUUUUCACGGUGGGCAACUGAUGCUAAUUCCCCAGCCGAUGAAGGUGAAAUAUCAAAUGAUGAUGAAAUUCCCAAAUCAAGAAAGAGAAAGUCAGCUUCCGAGUUCAUGGAACAAAAGGAAAAUUCAAAAACACCAACCCCUGAGGUCUUGGAGCUCCGUAGAGAUUCUGAAGGAACUAGGACCAGGUUAUCUGAAUUUGAGGAGCGUAUUAGAUCUUCCAGUAGAGACAGUUAUGCUGACAAUGAUGGUGACAACAGCGACUACAUGGAUAUUGUAAAGGAGCAGAAUCGUGUGGGUACUAGUUCUAGCCAGUCAGAUACAGAUUCUGAAGAUGACCAUGUCUCACCCAGUACACCGGAGCCUGCACCCCCAAUGCAAAGAAGUGUGAACAUGCUUCAAGGAUGCAGGAGUGUUGAUGAAUUUGAGAGGCUUAACAAGAUUGAUGAAGGCACAUAUGGGGUAGUCUACAGGGCCAGGGAUAAGAAGUCAGGAGAAAUUGUUGCUUUGAAAAGGGUUAAAAUGGAGAAAGAGAGGGAGGGGUUUCCCUUGACUUCUCUAAGGGAGAUCAAUAUUCUUCUCUCAUUUCAUCACCCCUCUAUUGUUGAUGUAAAGGAAGUUGUUGUGGGUAACAGUCUUGAUAAGAUUUUCAUGGUGAUGGAGUAUAUGGAACAUGACCUCAAGGCAUUAAUGGAAACAAUGAAGCAGCCAUUUAGCCAAAGUGAAGUGAAAUGCCUUAUGCUACAGCUUUUGGAGGGAAUCAAGUAUCUCCAUGAUAAUUGGGUUCUUCACCGAGAUUUAAAGACUUCAAAUUUGCUUUUAAAUAACCGUGGUGAGUUAAAGAUCUGUGAUUUUGGCUUAGCUCGACAAUAUGGCAGCCCUCUGAAACCCUAUACUCAAUUGGUGGUUACUUUAUGGUACAGGGCACCAGAACUGUUAUUGGGAGCCAAGCAAUAUUCAACAGCAAUCGAUAUGUGGUCUUUGGGUUGUAUUAUGGCUGAGUUUUUGUCUAAAGAACCACUGUUCAAUGGGAAAUCAGAGAUCGAACAACUUGAUAAGAUUUUCAAAAUCCUUGGCACACCCAACGAAACAAUAUGGCCUGGAUUUUCUAAACUUCCAGGUGUCAAGAUCAGUUUUGUGAAGCAUCAGUAUAACCUGUUGCGUAAGAAGUUUCCAGCCACAUCCUUCACAGGAUCGCCGGUACUUUCGGAUGCUGGCUUAGACUUGUUAAACAAGCUUCUGACUUUUGAUCCUGAGAAGCGUAUAACUGUCGAAGCAGCACUCAAUCACGAGUGGUUUCGUGAAGUUCCUCUUCCCAAGUCUAAAGAAUUUAUGCCCACAUUUCCAGCACAGCAUGCUCAGGACAGGCGGAUGCGACGGGUAUAUAAAAGUCCAGAUCCACUGGAGGAGCUGCGUAGGAAGGAGUUGCAGCAAGGUGAAGUGGGAAAUGGUGGUUUGUUUGGUUAAGAAAAUUCAGUAAUGCUCAUUUGUACUGUUUAAGAUUCUCUUUCUGCAAUACUUGUCAAUUUGAUAUGGUUGAGGUGAGAGAGCCCAUCUACUGAAAGGAAGUUGCAAACCGUGUUUGUGAGAAGGUCACUCGUGCUGUUUUUUAGCAGGCACGUUCUACAAAAUAGGUGGAGAAGGUAUUGUUUUGGCUCAGUAUAUUGCAGAUGUGUUCCAGGGGUGCUUAAAACAAAGACUGCCGGACUGCUUGUCAUGCCGGGUGGUAUGCUGAGGCCUUAAUUUACCAGCCAGAUUCAAUUGAGUCUCGUGUAUGUAACAUAUUUCUUAUUUGCAAAUUGUAAACAGUUUCUAUGACAUUGGUUCUGAAUAGUAGAGCUUAUGGAUUUAUUGGUGUUCAGUAUUGAUGAAUUUAAUUGGGAAUUUUACUUUUCAUCCAUUUUGAUCUUCACAUUGUGUUUGCAAGAGAUGAUGGUGUAAAGCAGGCAGAGUGUUCCACUAUCAUUUUCAUUGAUGAAGACGUAGACAGGAAGUAAUGAAUCACUAUAAAGAAAUGUUGGUUUCACAUGCUUUCUCUUUUACUUUUUAUCACCACACUUCCAGGAUCUGUUGCAUCAACAGGUAAACUGUCUUGCUUGCCUCAAAACUUUUGAAAAAUGGGUUGUCCCCUCUUUUAGAUACACAUUUGUUAGAAGUCCUAGGGUGUACAUAUCAGCCAUGCCUAAAACUCUCUGAUGUAUUAAAAAAUUGAAGAUCAAGCAGACAUAUACAAUCUCCUAUUUCAUUACCCAUACCAUGCUCUUGUGAUGAUGUUGCUCAGGUUCAGAAACUAACCGGAAACUUAGUUUUUUGAGAACCACUUAUCGAGUUCUACCAUUAUUUUUCUUAGCUAGAGACCACUUAGUUUUACAAUCUCCUUUAGCUAGAGAUACAAUUUUUUCUUGAUUCUCUUGCUCAGUCAUUUCUCCGUAAGUUGUUACAUUUUACUGGUUUAUUCAUGUACUUCAUUUGGAAUUUCUUUACAAUGGGCGUUCCUUUUCUUUUUGUUGUGUCACUUGAUUCUACGAGCAACAAUUGGGCGUGCAGUGGAAUGGUAUGCAUUUUCACCCUCAGCUGCGAAUGUUGUUUCACUUGAUUCUACAAGCAGGUUGAGGAACCUAGUUGUUGAGCAUGGACAGAUAUACUUUUGUUUCUGUUGAACUCAAUAAGGUAUCUUUCACCACUAGAAUAUGUUAGUUUCUGCACUUGAGUUUUUAUGCAAGGAUAGGGCUAUGGGCACCAUUUCUUGGCUGAAAAUUUUCACUUCGCAAUGGAACUCAUUUCUUCUUUAACUGAAAAUUCUUGUGAAAUAUCCUGUCCGACUGCCUCAAGAACCAUGUAUUCUGGCUCUGGUUUCAAGAACCAUGUAUUCUGGCUCUGGUUUUUUGGGUAAUACUUUUUAUUCAUUCUUCCUUUUCCUCAUGGGCCCUAAAUAUGGACUUCAAUUGGCAAAUCCUUUUUCUUUUCAAAUUCUUGUUUGCAUUUUUCAUCUCUGGCCCCGUUUAUUACUUUGUGUAUACAAUAACAUUACUAAUUGGAUCAGGUAUUUUAAAAUUAUAUUUAACAAAAUAACAGCCUAUUAAAAACCUAAACAAAACAACUAUUUCCUUCGUUCUUCCCCAAUGCCUUGGUACUUGACUACUUGUAGCUUUAACUACACAGACGUGGGAAACUUCACCCCAAGAUGACUUACUUUUUGGGAAUAAACAAGGGUAUAUUUUCUUUCUUCACCAAUCAGCUUUAAAUAAACACACCUAGACGACAAUGUACAUACCUUAUCUUGUUCUCUGGUUGUAUAUUUGAUAAUACAACAUGGACUUUGAUCUGCUAAGCAUGGGUUGGAUGAGGGAGGAAGAUGGUGUUUGAUCGAUCCUCAAUGGCAUAUAAAGAUUCUGCAACAAGUGGCAAAGCCUUGUAUCUAAGAGCAAAGGCAUGCCACAUGGUAUAUGAUCAAGAUACAAGAAACCAAUUGUGCUUAAUUGGUGUCAUUCUCACUUGUCAUUGCUUGAUGAUUUGCCUUCACUCUAGAGGGCUAGAGGGAGCUUGAUGUUCCAUCUUUAUUCUUUAAUGGGCCUUAAAGCCCACCACUGGUACUUGAGCUGUUUCAUGUAAGAGGUGAUGGUUUGGUGGAACUGCAUGUGGCUAAAGCUUACCACUUGCUUGCUUGUGACUGGAUUGCCUUGUGCUUUGUGAUAUAUUAGUAGUGUUCAUUCAAGCAAACAAUCAAUCAACUGCCUCUGUGGUGGAAUCUGAAGUCCCGGGGAAAAUUUCCUGGAUGCAAUUCAGAUUUGUACCCAAGUGGGGCCCGUAGCAGUGGGUUUCACCAUCUAAAAGCCUUUUUUAAAUCUACAAGCCUAUUUCUGACCAAACAUGCUUUCAUCUACUGGACUUGAUGUGACUAUCAACGUUCCCACAUUGGUGUGGUCCUGUAAUGUGAGGUUGCACUGCAAUAUAGACUAAUUUGUUAGUGACUCAGUUAGUUUUAGAUGUCCAAAGUUCAAACUCGAGUAUCGUCAUUCGUCAAAGCAUAUAUGUCUAAACUCAAGGGUCAUCUAUAGAAAUCAAGUAUCUGUCCUAUACUUGUUUUUAGAAGAAAUAUGAAUGGAAUAUAAAAUGUUAAGAAAUUUGUUCGUAAGUAGUACUACUUGUAUUCCUUUGACAAGACAUGUCUUUGUUUAGUUAACUUGAAUUAUUAUCAUACCAAAACUUUUUGUUACUCCCAAGUAUUGCCCUGAAUUGGCUGAAAUAUGUGGUCAAGUUGUCUUGCACUCUACCUCAUUCAUUCAGCUUACUUGCUUUGUCAACUUCUCCUGUUUGACCUUUUAUAACAGUUGUAUAUUUAAAUUCUUCUAUUUUAUUAUUUUUAAUUUUAAUCUGCUGGUCAAUCAUGAUUUUCUGAAAUACUUCCUCCGUUUAUGGAUGGACCGGUUCCGGUUCGGGCCCGGUUCGGCCCUGGGCCCGGCUGGGCCUCGGUUCAUGAAGGGGAGGCCCGGAACUGGCCCGGGUAACCCCUGUUUUGGCUUUUCCUAGUUAACCCCCAACCCUCCCCACUCACCCCCAAACCAACCCUAACCACCUAAAAUGGUCCAAGAUACCGAGCCCAUCCCAAAAACUUAAAAAAAUUAAAAAAAAAAGGCCAGGCCCGGGCUUGAACCGGCCGGGCCGGUUCACCUUUUGAAGGGCCCGAGCAUGAACUGCCGUCCCACCGGGCCGGGUGGCACGAACCGGUCAACCAACCGGUUCGCCCGGCCGGUCCGGGCCCGCACAUUAGCGGGCUGGUCUGGUUCCGGGCCGGUUGGCCCGGCCCGAGUCCACUCCUACCUCCGUUCCAUAAAAGUUGCAAGAUUGAAAUUUCUGCACUAUUCACACACCU